AUGGGCUGUGAAUUUGGUACACAUCAAAAAGUAGCUCCAAUUGACACAUCUUCUAAUCUUCCGGUAAAUAAUUCAGUCAAUAGUGGAAUACUACGUCAAAACCGUACUUCAAUUAAUAAUCCAUACAACAAUGUAAUACUUAAACCACCUGAUGGCUUUCUAGAACAUUCUUCAUCAAUUCUAGUUAAAAAUAUCAUAUCGCUAACAACGGCUGAACCAGACGAAUAUGAUAAUGGCAGGGUUAAAAAAAACCGAAAGGUCACUUUCGAGCAAAGAUUUAGUCGUGAACCAACGUCUGAUUCUCGAGUGGUAAACACCAAUAACGAAGUAGCAAAUGCAAGUAUAUUAUCUUCCGAUCAUGCUAACAAUCAUAAUGAUUCAUUAGAAGAUGAUACUAUUUCAUUAAAUGAUCCAUUAACUGUCGAGGCAGAUGUUAACCAUCUUCUAAUUGCAACUUAUGAUUAUGUUGAAAUGACAGACGUCAUUCCCGAAGCAUUUGAUAUUUUAAUACUCCAACAACGUCAAGAUGCUAUUGAUAAUACAUCUUAUCGAUCAACUAUUCAGUCAUGGCAACCAGAUUCACUUGAACAACUUAUUAAAACUAUAAAAACAUUUCGCAAAGGAAAAUCUAUAAUCGAUCAACAUUGGAUUAUAUUCUAUUGGAUUACAUAUAACAUCAACUAUGAUGUUGUAGCAUUCUUAGCGGAUACUGUAGCUGAACAAUCAGUAGAAGAUACUUUUCGUACGAAAAUAGGAGUAUGUGGUGAUUUCAGUGGUUUAUAUAAAUAUCUAUGUGACAAAUUAGAUCUUGAAUGUAUGGAUAUCAGAGGACAUGCAAAAUCUUUUCGAUAUGAAAUGCGUGGUGUAGAUGCUACACCAAUAGUAAAUCAUGCAUGGAAUGUUGUUAAAAUUAAGAAAUAUUGGUAUAUAAUAGAGUCAACAUGGGGUGCUGGUUCUAUAAAUAAACAAAAACAAUUUGUACGAGAAGUAAAUCCUUACUAUUUUCUCAUUCGUCCUCAUCACAUAAUAUAUGAUCAUUUACCGAAAGAUGAAAAAUGGCAAUUAUUAGAAACACCAAUAAGUAUGAGUGAAUAUUUACAAUUACCAAGAAUCUAUCCAACUUAUUUUAAACUUGAACUUGAAUUAAUUAGUCCACUUUAUCAAGAACAUAUGACACUUAUUAAAGGCAAACCAUAUGCUUUAAUUCUUCUGCGAACACCAACCGAUGUCGACAUUUUAGCCAAAUUCGAAAUAAAUGAUAAACUGAUUGAUGGUGGUAGUCGAAUUGUUUUUGAUGCUGAACAUCAAUUUUACCGCUGUUAUUUUGCUCCAACUAGUAUUGGAAAGCAUAAAAUUUCAAUCUUUGCAAAAGAAACCAUUUCAAAUGCUAUAUUAUAUGAUGCAGCAAUUGACUUCACAUUAGACAUUGAUAAAUUACCAGAAAAUCCUAUUAGUUAUCCUCAAACAUGGAAAGACUUUCAUAAUUUCGGUUUAAAACUUAUUUCACCAAAAAAUACUCAUUUAAUUAAAGUAUCUAAUGGAAUGACUUAUGCAUGUAUUCUUAUUCGUGCACCAAGUGAUGUUGAAUUAAUUGGAUAUCUUUAUAAUAGUGAUGAACAGAAGAUUAUAGGUGCACAACACGUUUAUUAUGAUCAACAAAAAGAUUUAUGGACUUGCAACUUUGCGCCAAAUCAAAAUGGUUUAUUUAAAGCUACAGUUUUUGGAAAGAAAAAAACAGACACCGGUAAUUAUAAUAAUGUAAUAUCUUUUAAAAUUGAAGCGACAGAAAUUAUAUCUCCACCUUUAUCUUAUCCAUAUAUAUGGCAAAUCUUUCAUGAUCUUAAUCUAACGAUCGACACACCACAGAAUUGUUCAACAGUUAUUUGGCCGGAAAAUGCUUCUUAUGUUGAAAUUCUUAUGCAAGCACCUGAUGAUAUACUACUUUCAUGUGGUAUUCAAUGUAAUAAUAUUAAAGUAGAGAAUGGAUCAUUAGCUCAAUUUGAUCAUGGAAAAAAUUUAUGGCAAUUAUUAUUUGCACCUGAACAAAUUGGACAACACGAAUUAGUUGUUUUUGCUAAACGUAAUACUGAAGAAAAUUUUCAAUGUGCAGCUAAAUUCUAUCUUAAUGUUACACAAAUUUAUCAAGUAAUGAAAUUUCCGACUAUAUAUAGGCAAUUUCAACAUACUAAAUGUCGAAUCUAUGAACCACUUAAUGGAAUCUUAAAAAAAGAUACGACUGUUUCAAUUCAUUGUUUUAUUCCUAAUGCAGAUGAUGUUAAUUUGACAGUUGAUUCAAACUGGGAUAAGAUAGAAGGAUAUAAGAAUUCAGUUCUAAAAACACAAGUAACUGUUGACUCAAAAGAUCUAAUAGUUCAAGCAAAAUAUGAACAAGAAUCAACCUUUAAAGUUCUUUUAAAAUAUUCUAUACAAUGA